CCCUCACAGUUACAACCCCACAUUACAAACGACUUCACAGCCUACAAGACAUCGACCAACAGGUGACUAACGCGGAAGAUGAAGACAUCAAUGAUUCACGGCAACGGAGUCUCCUUGUUGAUGCUCCUGGCAGCAGGAGUCAUCUUGUUCGAAGCGUCUACGACUUAUGCAGCCCCCCAUUCAUCCAGGUAUUAUCCUGGAUAUUAUUCGCCCCUCUCCAUGGAAGGACAAAAUCCUGAAUAUCUCCUUCAAACGAUCGCCAGACUGAGGCAAGCUUUGAUUGCGGAUGACGAUUUAGAAAACUCCAAACGUGGCCUAGAUCUAGGCUUAGGCCGAGGUUUCUCCGGUUCUCAAGCUGCCAAACACCUUAUGGGUCUGGCCGCCGCCAACUUUGCCGGAGGUCCAGGCAGAAGACGUCGAAGCGAAGAAGAAGCUUAAAUUGGAAAAAUUCUCUUCAUUCCAACAGUUCCUAAUGUUAAAUUUAACCCCUCUAUCAUUUCUGUCGUGUAUAGUAGAAGCCCACUCAUAGUAGUAUUAGAUAUAGUUAAUGUAUGAUACAAGGAAAAUGUGUAAUAGCCCUUUUCCCAACCCUCUGUAUACUGACGUUUCUGAAAAUAAAGCACAGGUCGAAAUUAAACCACCUUGAUUUUUCAGCGUGUGAACUAUUGUUUGUUAGUUAAGAAAUGUAUUGUACAGCAAUUAUAUUUCAUUUAAAUAAAGUUUAAAAUAUC